GUUGUACGUCGAAACAUGUCAGUACUUCCCCCUCAGGUUGACCAAGUUUCCACUGGGAGGGUUUGCAUAGUUCCUCUCCCCCUCUCUUUUUCCCUCCUCCGCAUCCGGACCCUCAGCAGUAAACGAGUGCAGACAGAGAAAAGAAGAAAGGAGUCCACGAUGGUCUACCCAAAACUUUACCUACAGCUCUUUACUUUCCUGGCAAUAAUAACUCUAUUGGCUCUCUCAGAUGUAUCCAGCGAGAGCACUCUGCACAAAAUUCUGAAGAGAGAAGUGGAGGGUGAGGUGAAUGCAGCAGCAGCUGUAGCAGUUCCUCCCACUAAGGCCAAGCAGUUCCUGGCAUCUCUCCGAAGACCUAAGAGGAACCUCUGGGACCGUAGCCGUCCUGAUGUGCAGCAGUGGAUCCAGCAGUUCAUGUACAUGGGGUAUGACGAGGCGAGGCUAGAGGCUGAUCUGGCUUACUGGCAGGAUUACGCGCGCUCCAGAGACCAAGGACGUCAGCAUCAUUAUGAUGAGAACUCUCCCAUGGGUCCUCGCUAUCCCACCUCUUACAGACAUGGAGCAAAUGUCAACUAUGACUACUACUAGCUUUUGUUUCUCCUCAGGAAAAACAUCAAGGCCAAUAAAGUUAAUGCAAUUGUGUGGAGCCCCUUAUGAUAAAGAAAAUUCUCCACACUGAAGAAAUUUCAUAGAUGUGAUCUUUAGAAUGGAUGUGGUGCCUGCUGUUCUCCGGGGGGCACAAUGACCUGCAAUAAUAUCUUUUUUGACCUUAUGACCUAUACCACAACAUUACCUAAUAAACAUAUUCUUACAGGCAGAA